AUGAAUCGAUACGAUUUCAUAGAAAACCAAGAAUUCGACUUUUUCGGCGUUGAAAAUGCUUGCAGACUUGAGCCAUGCGAAAACGGCGGCACCUGCGUUUUCGCUCCUGGCUUAGAGCCUCCAUAUGGAAGCUUGUGCGAGAUAGACGUGGACGAGUGUGCCCUGAAUCCGUGCCGCAACGGUGGCCAAUGCAGCGAUCGCCACAAUGGCUUUGAGUGCACCUGCGAAAAGGGCUUCGCUGGGAAAGUGUGCGAAAUCUAUGAGGACCCUUGCGAUGGAUUCGACUGCUCCCUUCACGGCUUCUGCGUCGCGGACCCCUUCCCAAAUUGCAUCUGCGACCCUGGUAAGUCCCCUGCUCCAUCGAAUUCCCACGAGUUGACAACUUUUGCGAAGGUUUCAGCGGCGAACGGUGUGAGAAGCAAUUAG